AUGUUCUUAUCUUUGGUAUCUUUUUCACUUUCCCAAGCAAUCAUAGCUGGCCGUGGUACCAUUGACGUGCGCGGCAUGGAUUCUAUUGGUCUAACAUUUACUCCUCCAGAAUCUGACAAACAAAAUUACUUUGUUGUCUUAAACUCCAACGAGUUUGAACGUCUCCAAACAAUUAACAUAGUAUAUGAUUCAUUAACAAUUAAAAAAGGCACUAGCUCCGUUGACAAACUUUAUUACUUUUAUGCAACUUUCAAAAAAACAUAUGAGAUUCCAGAAUUUAUCAUUGGAUACUAUCCAGCUCCACUUCUCCCAAUAAAAGGUCCACUUACUGAACUUUACUCUUAUAUAGUAGUCCUUUUACCAACAAUUGAUGACAUGAUCUAUCACUUUGAUAACUCUAAUCAGCCUAACAUUAAAUAUGUGACUAGUGAUGAUUUAAGUACACCAAAAACACUCGACGACAAAUUCCCACUUGAAAUUGCUGCAAACAAAUAUGCAAUCAUCACAGUCAAAGGAAUAAAUGAACCUCUUGAUAUGAUGACCCUCUAUCUCAUGCAAAUAAAGGACGGAAAAGGUCUAACAGAGCGUGUCUUCCAGUGUGGUGGUUUCAAUGUUUUGGAUGCAGUCACAGGAGCAAGAUUCUAUAAAGAAACAGUUAAUGGUUAUGCUAUUCCUAAUGGACCAGCUUUCCCAUCAGAAUUGAAAUGGGGCGUAAAUGAUCUUACCUUCAAGGAUGGUUCUGGCCAAGAUGGUGUUUAUACAUACAAAUUUGAACUCCCAGCAAAUUCUGUCUUAGUCUUGGCCAAGACACAGGGAAUGAAAGAUAUCAUGGGAUCGUAUGCUUAUAAUGAUGAUUUAUCAUCAGGCAAUGGAUACUUCGAUGACAAUACUUUAGCUGUUGUUGCAAAUUCUAAAACAAAGGUUACCAUUUCAUCAAUAAUAUAUCCAACACUCAGAGUAAUUCUUUUCAAUACAACACAUCUCGAGUACAUCAAUAACAUGACAAUUGUUUUAGAUACUAAAAAAUAUGAAACACCUAGUAACUUUGAAGAUAAAUAUCAUGCUGUAUUCUUCGCAAAUCCAUCAUCUGUAGAUUUUGAUAUCAAAAAUGUUGACUAUGAAAUCAAAGUACGUGAUCCAAGUGGAGUAGAUCUUAAUAAAAAGAAUGGACCUUUCUUUGUUCACAUUAAAGAUAUUGGUAAAAAAGGAACAAAGAAAGUUACAGUCGAAUUCCAACCUGAAUUGAAAUCAUAUGCUCUCAAGGAAUCAAUUGGUAGUGCCGACACUAAUAAAUUUUUAUUGAAGUCAGGCUCAUACACUAAAGAAGAUCCAGAUAAAGGUCUUUCUGGAGGUAUAAUCGCUCUUAUAAUUAUUAUAGUUAUCGUCGUUAUUGUUGUUGUCGCUGUUCUAAUUUGGUGCUGCUGCUGCAAGAAGGAAUCUGACCAUUCUGGAAGUGGUGAAAACGUUUAA